AUUGCUGAACAGGAUGCGUUCAAGGCUUCUGCAAUAAAUGCUUCUCCAAGUCAUGCUCAAUCACCUGAGGUUUCAUCAAAAAAUGAUGUUACUGAAGUCAAUGAGACUGUAAAGAGUUUAACUGAGAAACUAUCAGCUGCUUUCUUGAACAUUAGUGCUAAAGAGGAUUUGGUGAAACAACAUGCUAAAGUUGCAGAAGAAGCUAUUUUAGGUUGGGAAAAGGCAGAAAAGGAAGUUGCCACUCUGAAGCAGCAGCUUGAAGCUGCAAAGGGAAAGAACUCUGCCCUCGAAGAUAAAGUUGGGCACAUUGAUGGAGCCCUCAAGGAAUGCGUUAGGCAGCUCCGACAAUCCAAAGAGGAGGAAGAGCAAAGAAUCCAUGAUGCCCUCAUCAAGAGAACCAUUGAAUUGGAGUCUGGCAAGUCUGAGCUUGAGAGUCGACUUGUUGAACUCCAAGCCCAGCUAGAAGCUAAAGCUGAAGCUUCCACUCCUAUUUACCAUGACCUCUGUGGAAAACUUGACGCUCUUGAGAAAGAGAACGUGGCUCUCAAAGAUGAACUACUUGCUCGUUCUGAGCUUCUCCAGAUGCUGACACUAGAGAGAGAGCUAAGUACUAGAGCAGCAGAAACAGCAAGUAAACUACACUUGGAGAGCACAAAGAAGGUGGCUAGGCUUGAAGCUGAGUGCCGAAAGAUGAAGGCUGUAGCACGCAGAUCGUCACUAACUAAUGAGCACAAGCCUGCUUCCAGAUCCGGUUAUGUGGAGUCAGUCACAGACGGUCAAUCAGAUGGUGGGGAACGGUUGCUUGGUCUGGAUAAUGAGCCAAGUUGCUCAGAUUCAUGGGCCUCUGCUCUAAUUGCUGAGCUCGAUCAGUUCAAGAAUGAGAAAUCUAGUGCAAGAAACCUCUCCCCUUCUGCAGAAAUUGACUCAAUGGAUGAUUUCCUUGAAAUGGAAAGACUUGCUGCAUUGCCUGAGGCUGACCACGGAAGCUCUAUUGAAGCUGAAUCUGACCAUACUGUUCCUCGAGAUAGCUCAUCUAAAGGUGAAGUUCAAGCUGUACGCCAGGAGAUGGCUGAGUUAGAGGAAAAGGUAGCAAAAUUGGAAAAUGAGAAAGUGAAAGUCGAGAUGUCUUCGAAUGAAACCCAAAAUCAGCUUAAGAUUUUGUGCGAUCAGCUGGCAGCAGCUGAGAAUAAGUUGGUAGAAUUGCAAAGGCAGCUAAAUUUGGUUAAUGGGGAAAAGCAUAUUCUUGGGAUAGAAGUAGAAAGUUUGGAGGCAAUGAGAAAUGAAUUGGAAUGUCAGCUUGAAUCAGCACAUAUGGAAAUGGGGAAUUUAAGUGGGAAAGUGAAUUCUUUGGAAGCAAAGGUUGAGAAAGAGAAGGCAAUAUCUGCAGAAUUAGCAGCCAGGAAUCAGAAUGUGGAGUUCCUGGAGUCAACGAGAAAGGAGCUGGAAUUUCAGCUCAAGUCAGCUCACGUAGAAAAAGCACAGCUAUGGGAGAAGGUGAACCUAUUAGGAAGAAAACUCGAAGAAGAGAAGGCAUCAUCUUUAGAACUUGCAUCUAGGUGCCAGAAUAUGGAGGUUUUGGAGGCAAAAAGAAAGGAACUAGAGUCACAGCUUCAGUCAGCUUAUUUGGAAAAAGAGAAGACAUAUGACAAAGUUGAUCUACUAGAAAGGAAAAUUGAGGAGGAGAGGUUGUUUUCUGCAGAAAUAUCAGCCAGAUGUCGGAAUUUGGAAGCCGGGGAUGCAAAGAAAAUGGAACUGGAAUCUCAGCUCAAUUCAGCACGUAUGGAAAUUAGAAAGCUAAAUGAGAAGGUGAGUUUAUUAGAAGGGAUAGUUGAAGAGCAGAGGAUACUCUCUGCCGAAUUUGCAGCUAAUGCAGAGGCGACAGAGGCAAAGAGAAAGGAACUGAAGGCACAGCUUGAGGCAGCACAUCUUGAAGUUCAUAGACUACUUGAGAAGUCGGGUCUAUUAGAAAAACAAGUUGAGGAGGAGAGGAUAUUAUCUCAAGAAUUUGCAACCAAGUGUCGGGAAUUGGAAAAUGAGGUAUCUUGGAAGAAGCAGGAAGAUGAGCUCCGUCAAUGUGUGCACUCAAAUGGAGAAUUAAAGAUCAUACAGGAGAAAGAGCGAGCUCUAGCUGCUAGGAAGUUGGCCGACUGUCAAAAGACAAUAGCUUCUCUUAACCGGCAGUUGAAAUCAUUAGCAUCAUUAGAUGAUUUCUUGCUUGAAGCCGAGAAGCCAGAUUUAAAUGGAGAUUCACUGGAUCAUAGAGGCUGGAAUUUCAAAACUUUUUAUUCGAGCAGUUCUCCAGAAAACUUUGGCAGUUCUGUUCUGUCCAAUGGUAAAGAUAAUGAUUUCCCAUCUUCAUCUGCUUUGCAUGGGUUUCCUGAGCUUUUAAACCUAAGUGGAAGUAAUAGCCAUAUGGAAAACUAACAGAAACGUAAAAGGAGUUACUGUGCUGUGUAUAACUGGUAUAUGUUAUAGGAGAGUGUUAUACCAUUAACUUUAAUUGGGCAAUUUAUAGGUGAUUUUUCUGUUAUCGACUCCUAAGAAAUAGCAGGUGAAAAAUGAAGAUUGAAGAAUGGUAACUCAUAUGUUCUUGUGCAUCUAUCUUGUGAUGGUAUUUGGUGGUGGGAUGAAUUUGUGAAUAGGUGACCUAGCUAGCCAGGUGUCUGUACUGCUUGUGAGCUGAGGCGUUUCUGCUUCACCAGUGGGAAUGGUAACAUAUCUUGAAUAAACUGAUUAAGCAAGUUUGCAAUAGUCA